CCGGCCUCUUUAUCUCUCUGCAUUCAUCUGGACAGAGCUGAGCAGCAACCUUACCUAGGCAUUGACAUGACUGACCCCGAGCAAUCAUUCGCUGGCCCACCACUGACUGUGCCGUAUGACACCAACAUCCCGAGGGGAUGCUACGACCAGCUGCUCAUCACCAUUACCGGGCAGUUCAACCCCGACGCCAGUGUGUUCACGGUGGACCUGUGCCGCGGCGGCGACAUCGCCAUGCACAUGAAGUUGCAUUUCGACGACGAUGGCGGGCAGAGUGUUGUACGUAACUCCAUGGUGUCCGGCGAGUGGGGCACAGUGGAGCGAGAGCUGAGCUGCUUCCCUUUUGCCCGUGGUGAUCCCUUUGAGCUGAAGAUCCUGUGCACCGAUAGUGAAUUCAAGGUGACAGGGAACGGCGAUUACCUGUUCGAGUUCAAGCAUCGCAUCCAGGAGCUCGACUCCAUCAAUCAUCUUGGCAUCUAUAACGAUGCCACUCUCACUGGUGUCAGCAUGGACACCUUGCCUUAAACCCAGAGGCACCACCAGAAAUUUUAGGCCCCAUGAAAGCAUAUCAUGUUGGACCCCCAACUCAGACCAAUCAAAUUAUGUUCCAAAUAUUUCAGGGCCCUGCAAUUGUCCUAAGUUCCCCGUUCCCCCUUUACAACGGCCCUGCUUAAACCUUCCACACAGAUUCCCAUUUACUCUCCUUACUCAUUCUUAUCCGCUUAUCCCAUGCAAUAACACUAGGUGGUGCUAUUACUUUACAGUUAGUAUAGCUGUUUUUACCAUAGGUGUUUUACCAAACAAGAUAAGAUAGUUAGGUUAUUAGAGGAAAUUAAUAAGUCCCAGGGAGCCUCUUUAUGUUAACCAAAGGACAAACGUCAAAGACUAGCCCAACUUGACAGUAAUUAAGCACCAAAUUAGUAUCUUUCAUACAGCCAUGUACUCUUCCCCUCCAAUACAAUGAUUAAUACUUUGCAAAUGUAUUCUGUAUGUAAAUGUGAAUUCUGAGAUGAUGUUGGUGUUACAUGUCUGUUUAAAUUAAUAAACAUCAUUACAUACAGAUGCAA